AAUUGUAUGAAUUAGACAGGAAUAGUCAAAUUACUAGAAAGACAUAUUUUUAAGGUUUAGUUAAAGCUCUGGUGGUCCUAAGCCUCUUGUAUUUUUACCACUACUAAUUUUCAUUCAAAAACCUACGCUUUCCUUUUUCUUUUCUAUCUUUAUCUUCUUCACAUCUUCUCAUCUUCUUUGCCCUUCUCUUCCUCUUACUCCUCUAACGUAAGGUCUCUUCCCUGGUCCGUCUUAUGUCUCUGCCUUUCUCUGGCUCUUUCUUCCUCUGUACAGUUGUAGCUUUCUUUGAAAGUUUCACACAUGUUCAUCUUUUAAAGUUAUAUUCUUAAUCUAAUUGUGACAUUCUGGAUCAAUAUUUGAGUUAAAUUUAUUUGAUAAUUAUUGCUGGGACCCCAUUAAUGUACAUUCAUGUGAAUUGUGUAAAUUAAAAAGUGUAUAAUCAGUGUUAAUCAAAAAGUGUGGUGUUGAAUAAUAACAAAAGAUCCGAAACAACUUUUUAUACACAUACACACACAAAGACACACCCGGAGUAUAAAGUUGAAAAAAUACAAGUGACAACCUAUUCAUAUUCAUAACGGAAAUUAAAUUUGAUUGAGAAAAUUUCACGACAAUAAUUGGACACACAAAUUGUUAACCCAAACUAAUGUUUUCUAGAGAAGCUGGUCAAACUCUCAGUCAUCAGGUUACUACAAAAAGGUUAUCCCUUUGCAUAAGUAGUAAACCUAUCUUACAAGGAUGAGACUCAAGUUGACCUUUGGGUAUUGUGUUGAAGCUGCUUUUCCGUUCAACUUAAAUCUUUGAUUUUUGUUCCUAGAAUUCAUCUUUACCGUGUUUAAUAACAUUUUAUCAUAUUGCCAUUAGAAAGGUGUAUUAUAAUCUAAAGGUAACUGAGUGAAUUUGACAUUUGUCAGUGCUUUCUAUGGAUUGAUUCAUCUCGGUUUUUGACUUGACAUUAACCUUGCCAGUUUACCAAAAAUAAUACUCUUUGGCUUACAUCUGCCCAACUGUAAUUUAUUUUUGGUUUCUCUGAUCCCGGUAUUAAUUUCAAAUUACUUUCAGUUUUCGAGAUAAGUGAUUCGACUGACUUUAAGUGAAAAAUUGUUGACUAACGUGAAUAUGUUAGCACUUGUGAAACUUUUUUGAGAGUUACCGAUAAAGUUUGCCUUACUCUCUUCGUCUGUCAUCAUCGUUAACAUAUUUUUUGUGUUCUUAUUGUAAAUAAUUUUUUCAAUCUUUAGCUUAUUGGAAUGAUCUCAGAUAAUUCUUGAAAUACACUAUUGAACAUUUGCCAUAUUUUGUUUAUUGAUACCAUGGCCCGAUUCAAGUCCAUUUCAAGAUUGAAGAGAGCGUUGAUGGGCAAGAAAAAUCGCAAAUCGGAUACUAUUGAUGGAGGCGAUGAAGAGAAAGAAAAAAUUGUCAAUGAAUUUCAACAUAAUUCAACGAUUGAUAUUGAUAACAUGGAUGAGAAUAAAUUUUAUAGUCAAGGUCCAAAUUUUACAAUAAAUCGACCAAUCAAUUCAUUGUUUCGCUCAUUUCGCCGUAAAAUUGAUGGUAGAAAGAGAAAGAAGCACACCGAGCCAGACAUUGACCCUCAAGUUGUUACCUCAAAAUUGUUUAUGGAUCAAAGCUCGUCAAAAAGCGACGAAUUCAAUGAUAAAUCAAUUACCAAGAUACCCGAAAAUCUUCUUGAUUUUAAUCCUGACAUUGAUUUAGAGAUUCCGUACGCAGAUGAAGGUGACUCUCAAGAUGGCGAUGUUGUUGAUAGUGUUUCAUCAAGUCCAAUUAAAAGACCUCCAUUUAAAUAUAAUUAUGAAACUCCACCACCUGAAGUAUCUCCUCCACCUCCACCGAUCUCAAGUAAUUCAAGUUUCUUGUUGAAAGAGAAUCUCUACAGAUUUAAAUCAGAUUUUGGUUAUGAACUGGUCAGGUUGGCUAAAUGUGGUUGGUAUUGGGGACCAAUUAGUCGCAGUGAAGCCGAUUACAGGUUAUCUAAUGCUGGGGAUGGUUCUUUUUUGGUGAGAGACUCUUCUGAUGAUCACCACCUUCUGAGCUUAAGUUUCCGAUCCAAUGGUCGAACAUAUCACACUCGAGUGGAACAUAACAAUGGGUUAUUUAGUUUCACCUCGCAACCAUCACUGCCAGCAGCAUAUCCUAGUGUUAUCACUCUUAUUGAAGAGUCAAUGAAAAAAUCCAAAGCGGGUAUAUUUUGUUAUUCUUGCGCUCGAUCUCCAAAUAAUCAGAAAGUACCCGUUCGACUUAUUAAACCAGUAUCGAGGUUUCAUUCUGUCCCAUCUUUACAAUUUUUGUGUCGAUUUGUAUUGAGACUUUGCAACUUGCCUAAACUGCCACUAACUCCUAGUAUAAGAUAUUUUUUGGAUCAAAGCCACUAUCAAUAAACAUAUUUGAACAACCUGA